AUGGCGCAGGACAAGAAGCUGAAGGAUGCGAUCCAUAAUAAGCUCGUCGAGACGGGCGAGUACGACCGGCUCAAGGAGCUGCUGCGGCAACGGCUGGUCGAGUCGCAGUGGCGCGACAGCCUCAAGCAAUACACGAUGGACCUGAUCAAGAAGAAGGGCGGCGAUACACCAUUUACCGUCGAGCAGCUUACGCAUGAGAUCACGCCGCAAGGAAGAGAAACCGUGCCGGACGACGUCAAGUCGGAGCUCCUCGCCGAGAUCCGCCGGUUCGUCGAGGGCCUCGACUCAUCCGUGCAGGCGGGAGUGGAGUCUUAG